AUGUGGACCGACCAUUGUGAACAAACUGGAGACUCUGGGUUUCCUCAAGAUCUUGUUGUAGACGAGGAAAACGACGUUGUCUUUGAAAAGGGUACCAACGACUAUACCGAUGGAUACAGCCCUUUCUUUGACAACACCGGCAGAAUCAGUACAGGACUUGGAGAGAUCCUUCAAGAUAAUGGGAUUGAAGAUAUUGUCCUUGUCGGCAUUGCUUUUGACUACGCCAUUCGGUACGCGGCAAACCAUGCAAAAAAUCUGGGAUAUGAUGUUAGUGUGAUAGCGGAUGCCAGCGCAGUUAUCGAUCAACAGGUGGCACUUGAUACCACAACGGAAAUGAUUGCAAACAAAGUCUCUAUUCUCAGCUCUGAUGAUAUUAUCAAGAUGGAAUGCUGA